CGAUUCGUGAUUAUGGAGAGACCAAAAAAUCAACUAUGAACAGGUUUUCCUGAUCAAUAAGUUAUAAAUAGCCCAGUUCAAUUCCGGUAUGCAUCCCUGUUGGUGAACACAAAAAAUCAAAAAAAUCAGACAAAUCUAAACUGUUGAGUACGCGUGAGCACGAGCCAGAUUUGGGGAAAAAAAUAGUAUGCCGAUCAAAGAAAUUGAAACAACGAUGCUUAAAAAACGUGUCAGUACCUAAAACGAUUCUAAAAAAUAAUUUUCUCUUUCUCCCUCUUAAAAAAGUUUGUCGUUAUGCCUUCUCUAUUAACCCGUUCAAUUUUGUUUAAACCAACGCGAAAGUUUUUAAUUUCUACAAAAUAUAAGGGUUUUUACCAGUAUCGUUUUUUUGCAACGGAAGCCAAUGAUCAAAAUCUUAUAGAAAAAAUUGUACAAAAGUACGCGUUAAAUUUAUCACCAGGUUCAAAUGUUAAAAGUGGAGAUUUUGUAACUAUUCAACCUGAGCAUGUAAUGACUCAUGAUAAUACUGCUGCUGUAAUGACAAAGUUUAAAAGUAUAGGUGCGCAAAAAUUUAAAUAUCCUAGUCAAGCAGUAUUUACUUUAGAUCAUGAUGUACAAAAUAAAUCCGAGAAAAAUUUAGCAAAAUAUAGUUCAAUUGAAAGAUUGGCAAACCUCCACAACGUAGACUUUUACCCUGCAGGAAGGGGAAUUGGACAUCAAAUUCUCAUUGAAGAAGGUUAUGCCUUCCCAUAUACUUUAACUGUAGCAUCUGAUUCACAUUCUAAUAUGUAUGGUGGAAUUGGAUGUUUGGGAACACCGAUCGUUCGAACUGAUGCCGCGGCAAUAUGGGCAACUGGAAAAACUUGGUGGCAAAUUCCCCCUGUUGUAAAAGUAGAACUCAAAGGCAAAUUGCCUGAUGGAGUAACGGGAAAAGAUGUUAUAAUAAGUUUGUGUGGAAUGUUUAAUAAUGAUGAAGUUUUAAAUUGUGCUAUAGAGUUUGCAGGUGAAGGAAUUCGUGGACUUAGUUUGUCAGAACGAUUAGCUAUUGCUAACAUGACAACGGAAUGGGGCGCAUUAGCUGGUGUCUUUCCGGUUGAUGAAACUACUAUUAUGUGGCUUCGUAACAGAGUUGAAAAAUUAGAGCUUACGAGAUUUGAAAAUAAAAAUUUAAAACCUAUAUCAGCAGGACAGCCAUUCAAACAUCCUAGAAUUAAUAAUGAAAGGAUUGAUAAGAUUGAAAAGAAUCCUUUACGCGCUUCGUCUAAUGCUUACUAUUGUAAAUAUUUAUCAUUGGAUCUUUCGACACUUUCUCCAUGUGUCUCUGGUCCUAACUCUGUUAAAGUUUCAACGCCUCUUGUUGAACUUGAAAAACAAGAUAUUAAAAUUCAAAAAGCAUACCUUGUUUCAUGCGUUAAUUCACGUGCUGAAGACCUACAUUCGGCUGCACAGGUUAUUAAAGGUAAAAAAAUAGCGGAUGGGGUUGAAUUUUACGUAGCAGCUGCAAGUAGUGAAGUACAAAAGGAUGCCGAAGCCAAUGGUGAUUGGAAAGUAUUAAUUGAUGCUGGAGCAAAGAUAUUACCUGCUGGUUGUGGACCAUGUAUUGGUCUUGGUGUAGGUCUCUUGAAAGAUGGCGAAGUUGGUAUUUCUGCAACCAAUCGAAAUUUCAAGGGUCGGAUGGGUUCGCCGAAUGCGUUAGCUUAUCUUGCAUCACCAGCUGUAGUUGCGGCUUCUGCAGUAGCUGGUAGAAUUGUAAGUCCAGCUUUCCUGUCCACAUCAUCAUACACUUUUCCCGCUCAUCAAACUCCAAUAAUAACUUGCGAUAUUAAUCAGUCUGAACAACCUAUUGAAACAUCAUCAAUUAUUGAACCUACAAUUCCUGGAUUUCCGGGAACAAUUAAGGGAGAAUUGAUAUUUUGUGAUGCGGAUAAUUUAAAUACUGAUGGGAUUUAUCCCGGUAAAUAUACUUAUGUUGAUGAUCUUACACUAGAACAAAUGGCUAAAGUUGUUAUGGAAAAUUAUGAUCCUAAGUUUGCAAAUAUUGUUUCCAAGGGAGACAUUUUAGUUGGUGGAUUCAAUUUUGGUUGUGGAUCAUCAAGGGAACAAGCUGCUACUGCAAUUAAAGCAAGUGGUAUUGCUCUUGUUAUUGCUGGUUCCUUUUCCGAGACAUUUAAAAGAAAUUCCAUAAAUAAUGCUUUACUUUGUCUUGAAGCACCCGAUCUUGUGCGUUUAUUAAAAAACAAAUAUGGCUCAAAAGAGCUGACGACACGCACAAAAUUGAAUACCGAAGUUAAAAUAGCAGAAGGUAAAAUAGUAGUUAAAGGAUUAAAUGAACCAAAAACUGUAUUCAAGGUUGGUAUUUUAGGGAGAAGUGUUCAAGAGUUAUGGGUAGCCAAUGGAUUGGAAAAUUGGGUAAAACAAAGUAUGUAAAAGAAUUAAAAAUGUAACAAUGUUUAACAUUUCUUAUUUAAAUAAAGACUUUUCAAUAAAUGUGUCAAUAAGCAGGACUAGUAGUAGCAGAAACUCCAUCAAUAGGAUUAGCUGCCGUUGUUGGAGUUGUGACUGUGCUGCUAAUUUCCGUUUCAUUCGAAUCUACAGGAAAAGUUAAUUUUUCUUCUUCUGCAGUUUCGACUGUUGUCAAUUGUGCUGCAUUAUUAUUAGUAUUCGAAUUAGAAGGAGACAUGCCUACAAAUCCUCUACGGUCUCUGCGUCUCAUGAAUAAUUUCCAAUUAUUUUUUAAU